AGUAAACUACAAAAUUCAGCUGCUUUAACUCAUUUUUUAAUAAUAAUGAUAAUAACAAUAGUAAAAAAGACACAUCAAGCUUGUCUUCUCUGUCUCUCAUAAAAUUAUGGUGGCCUCACCAGUGACCGGUGACCAGUAGUGCCACUGCAACUCAAAACCCAUUUUUCGAAAUUCCAAUUAAACGCUCAUAGAUCGUAACUCUUCCCCAAAAUUCAUAUUUCUCCGCUCCAUCAAUCAACCCCAUCUUUCAAAAAUUUCCCUCUCUCUGAAAGAAAAUAAGCCAUGCUGUCAAAUGUCUCCCUCAUUAUUAUUCACCAACAGGAGACGAUCACACAUUUCACCGCCCUCCACCUCCACCACCAGGCAGCUGCCCCUCCCCUCGAGAAUCGCCGUCUUUAAUACGAUGAUGUGGCCGGAAUCUACAGUUCCUCGAGGCGUACUUGUAUUUGGUUUUAUGUCACUUUGUUGUUUGCUUCUCUAUGGAGCUUCUGAUUCUCCUCGUUUCCUCUCUUUUCCAUCCGCUUCUUUACCUUACAUUUUUCCUUCUGCUGUUGAUACCGAUUCUCUUCCUGUAAGUAAUGAGCAAAAGCUUGAAAAGGUUUUGAAAGAAGCAGCAAUGAAAGAUAAGACUGUUAUAUUGACAACUCUAAAUGAAGCAUGGGCAGCUCCAAAUUCAGUUAUUGAUUUGUUUCUGGCGAGUUUUAGAUUAGGAGAACAUACUCGUAAGCUUUUAAAUCACUUGGUGAUUAUUGCAUUAGAUCAAAAGGCGAAUGCACGUUGUAUACAAGUGCAUGAUCAUUGCUUUGCUCUUCUCACUGACGGGAUUGAUUUUAGUAACGAAGCUUACUUUAUGACCCCUGCUUAUUUGAAGAUGAUGUGGAGAAGGAUUGACUUCUUGCGUUCUGUUCUUGAGAUGGGGUAUAAUUUUGUUUUUACGGAUGCUGAUAUAAUGUGGUUCAGGGAUCCAUUUCCACGGUUUUAUUCAGAUGCAGAUUUCCAGAUUGCAUGCGAUCAUUUCACGGGCAGCUCCAUCAAUAUACAUAACAAACCCAAUGGAGGGUUUAACUAUGUGAGGUCCAAUAAUCGGUCAAUUGAAUUUUACAAAUUCUGGUACUCUUCACGUGAGACUUAUCCUGGAAUUCACGACCAGGAUGUCCUUAAUAAAAUUAAGAAUGCUUCUUUUAUUGAGGAUCUUGGCUUGAAGAUGAGAUUCUUGGACACUGCAUUCUUUGGCGGACUUUGUGAACCUAGCAAAGAUUUGAAUUUAGUUUGUACAAUGCAUGCAAAUUGCUGUUAUGGAUUGGAAAGCAAGCUUCAUGAUCUUAGAAUUAUGCUUCAGGAUUGGAAGCGAUUUUUAUCUUUACCACCAAGUUUGAAAAGAUCAUCUGUUGUGUCAUGGAGGGUCCCACAAAACUGCAGCCUUGAUUCUCUCCGUCAUUAUGGUUCUCCACAAACGAGUUUUGAACCGGGAGAUUGACAUUUAGUACAACGCACACAAGCAAAAUGAAAAGAUAUUGCGUGGAAGUAGAAGUUCACGAAGAGGCGCCGAGUCAAAUUUUUUAUUUAGAUUAACCAGUCACAAGUCUAAUAUUGAGCAGGAAACAGGGGAAGUAAGACUUUGGAGUAAUUCUGGUGCUUCUUUUUGACCUUCUUGACGUGGAAGAACACAGUUAAAAAAAAAAAAAAAAAAGAAGCAACAAGGCGAUAUUGUUUAUACUUGUAUCUUUUCCAAUUAGUAAGGGUACACAUAUAAAAUAGAAUAUAUGAUAUUGGUAUAGUCCUCUAAUUUUUUAUUUAAACUCAGAGGUAGCUGUAUAUAUGGUCUAUUGUUAAUUCUGGACUA